AUGGAGUCAUCGGCGCCCAAGAGGCGCAAAACAUCUCCAACAUCUUCUGUCCCCGUCGAGUCCACCACCCCGCCAGACCCUCCACCGCAGCAGCAGCCAACGGAACCACGAGCAACGUCCGAGUCUCCCACAAGGUCAAGCCUAACCAGACGCGAGCCCGCUUCGAUUCGAGCGGAGGAACUACCCGCGUCGCAACCAGAAUCCCCUGACGAUGAGGCCGACCUCUCGAACGCCCUGACUGCACAGCUCGAACACCACUCUGAGGGAGAUGGCACCGCGUCGUCUCCAGCUUCCCAGCAACCUUAUGCAGCUGUGACAGCUCACAGCGCGCCAUCCGAUGCCGGCGGAAAUCAAGAGAGGUCAGGAUCGCGGUCACCAGUGAGGAGGGCUGGCGGCACCACCCUCGGCGCACAACCAGCCCGGCGCUCACCCAGUCGACCCCAACCACGGCCACUGCCACCUCCUGCACCCGAGCAUGAGGAAGACCUGUUCAACCCUUUCAUCGGGCGCGCACUGCAUCGUUCGCCUCUCAACACUGGCGUUCUCCCAGUCGUUGUUCCCCAAGAGCCCGAAUUGCCGCCUACACCUCACCGUAACGAUCCUGUGGUGAGCACUCCACCAUCGGGAAUACAUAACACGCCGUCUAAGAGACGCCGUCAGGGCAAUGUUGGAGGACGUGCGCGGGAAGAGUCGCCGUCCAAAGUAACGUCACGAGAUGGUGAUGGCCCACCGCAGAAAGAGUCGCAGAAACCCAGAGUAUUUCGUGUCGCAAGACGCGGAAGUCCGGUACAAAUUGUCGAAAAGGACCAACCGACAUCACAGCCUUCGAAAGACCAGAGUGAGAAGUCAAAGAGCGAGUUCGCGCCGGGGACACAUCCGCGCCGGAGUAUACGGCUGAACCCACUCGCGGAAAAGGAGAGAGAACGCGAUGCGCUGUUGCGGGAGGUCGCGCAGCUAGAGGCGGACCUUGAACUGGCUACGAGGGAGAACCAGGCUGCGGCUCAAGGAGUAUCUUCAUCCGCGGAUAGCAGCGACAUAUUAGACCUGUUCCGCCGACAUCUUCUCCCUGGGCAGAAGGACCAAGAGCCUGAUCCAACUUCACAAUGGCUCGAGACAGCGAUGGACCCCAUCGCAAUGUUGGGGUUCAAUGGAUCCUCGUCGGCCUUUCUCCCACCCCCAAUACCACAAGAGAAGGAAAAGCCCGAGCCUCCUCCAAUAUCUCACCAUCCGAUACCGAUGUCCGCCGCAGAUGAGCUCCCCUAUCUUCAAGUCUUCGCGCCUCUGACCUUCACCUCGAAGUCCAUUACCAUCUCCGCCCCCUCUGACCAAGGAGAGCCCAUGCUGAAAAAGCUCAUAAUCCGCGUCGGCUCUGCCACCCCACCUGGCCUUUUCGUAGCGCGCAUAGAUAUGACAGUCAACACCCGCACCCUCGCAGUGUCGUCCCUCGCCGUGCCCAGGCUCGACCCCGCCGCCGUGGGCGAGCUCCAGCCCUUCGUCAAUAGUAUCACCCGCAAGGCGCCACAACAUAGCGCGCUCACACGGAACGUCAGUAUGCUUGCAUGGGCUAUGAGCGAAUGGUACCGGGUCGCGCUGAAAAGGGCCAAGGUCUGGCACGCGCUGGAGAAGCAGCUCGGACCAGAAGCCAAAGACGGGCUCCUGGACGUUGUGAGAGCUAUGAGGACGAAGAAAAGGCGGAAGAGGCGAGCACGGGGAGAGACGGAUGAUGUCGGCGGCAGUUUCGAAUCUGCCGACUCGGCGGGCGGCUCCCUGGAGGGCAUGAUGCUCUCCAAGGCAGAUUUGCUGCCGCACAUGGGCAGGGCGACCAUGGACCUGAGCGUGCCCUGCCUUGCCGAGGAGGGCGCCAGCGCAGCGUCGGAGUUGCGCGUCAGCUGGGGCAUUGAGUUUGACUGGACUGGUGAGGCGAGGAGCAAGCUUGGUGUGGAGGUUGGCGUCCCGGGAAAAUGGCAAGCAUCUGAUAAUCGCAAAAGCAUUGCUGGAAUACCCAUGUUGUUUGACAAACUUGUACAAGGUGGCGAGGACCCUUUGACGGCAGUUAAGACGGUCGUGGCCCUUUUGGCGGGUGAGCCAGGUCCUUAA